CUAAUACUCGCUUCCAACUUUGUACCUAAUUUCACCAAUACCCACAUAUAAACAUUUGAAUUCUCAUAUAUAGCCCCGUGUACUAUACUUGGAAGCGUAAAUUUUGAGCGGAUGCACUGGUGUAGAUUAUAGAUGAUAGAAACCCCUUCCCCCGGCUUUUAUCCAAAACACGGUACGCAACCAAUUCCAGUGUUCUUAGCCUGUGGUUACAUUUUCCCUCACUAGAAACCUCCCAUUAUCUUCUCCUUUUCUCUCUCUCUCUCUCUCUUUACGUCCAUGGCUUCUGUUAUCACGCUCAACUGCUCAAUCGCCACUUCAAUUCGGGCCUCGUCCGGAUCAACCCCAAAACCAGACCACAAUCGCAGGAAGACGGCUUCUUCCACCUGGUGGGCCCCGCUCUUCGGCUGGUCCUCCGAUCCCGACUACGUUAACCCCUCCUUCAGCACCGGCGCUUCCGACAUUGAUGGAUCUAAUAGGCAAUCCGCUACAUUGAAGUUCGAUUCUGAACUGGAUCGGCCAAGAUCUAGGUUCGCUCUGGGUUGCUUCACUGAAGAGAAAGCCAGGCAGCUUAGAAAAAAGACCGUCGAGGGUAGUUCGUUUCAUGAUAUAAUGUACCACUCUGCGAUCGCGUCACGUCUUGCGUCCGAUACAUCCGGCCGUUCCGAUAGGUAAGCUGGUGCUGUGGAGUCCGGUAAGUCCCCGAAUUGUAGGGGCUGAAAAUUUGUCGAAAACUCGAAAUAUGAUGGCCGUACGAACCUCUUUUUCAUUUUUCCCUUUCCUUUGGACACUUAUUUUACAGUGUGUACUCGUACAUAUGGUUAGUCAGUCGGAUCUUCGAUGAACGGUCUUUUGUUGGCAUUUUCUGCAUUAUCUUGUGUGAUUUCUCUGGCAAUCUCAAAUGAUGUUAUGUUGAA